AUGUUCGUCUGUCGAAGAAAUAUGGUCAAUAUGGUUUAUGAGUUAUGCAGACCUUACUUCAGAGCAGUUAGAAGACAAAUGUGCGAUAAUAUGUUAUAUCCAUUCAAGUCAUUGUCCAAAAUUGACCGACGAAUGUGUCGCCAAAAGAGUAAAAAAUAUGUUUAUGCGGCCCAUUUGAUCACGACGGCAGUGAUAUACGAGCGGGUCAUCUGA